CUGCGGGACUCUACGGCGGCCGAUGCUCAACAUGGUCCGAACGCCACUGAAAGAUCACAAAGACAGUAAGAAGGAUAAAGCGGGCCGGAGCAUGUCUCUCACGGGUCCUGGACCGGUCAAAGGUAAAGAGUGUGUUACCGAGUCCUUCUCGUGGGAGGAGUAUCUGAAAGAGACGUCGUCUGAUCCCGCUCCGCCCGGCUGCUUCAGACAGUCCAGAGUCCCUCCCGGUAAUGAUUUUGGAGUGGGGAUGAAAGUGGAGGCUUGUGACCCGAGGAAUUCCACCUCGAUGUGCAUCGCCUCCGUGAUGGGAUUAAUGGGCGUGCGUCUGCGGCUCAGACUGGACGGCAGCGACAGCACCAAUGAUUUCUGGCGACUGGUUGACUCCUCGGACAUUCAGCCCAUCGGCACGUGUGAGAAGAGCGGGGACAUGCUGCAGCCGCCGCUGGGGUUCAGAAUGAAUGCCUCUUCAUGGCCCAUGUUCUUAUUAAAAACAUUAAGUGGGGCAGAGAUGGCUCCAGCUUCAGCCUUUAAAAAGGAGCCGCCCAAACCUACUCAGAACUUCUUUAAACCUGGUAUGAAACUGGAAGCGGUGGACCGAAAGAAUCCCUACCUCAUCUGUCCUGCUACCAUCGGAGAGGUGAGAGGGGACAAGAUAUUCAUCAUGUUUGAUGGCUGGAGAGGAGCUUUCGAUUACUGGUGUCAGUACGACUCCAGGGAUAUCUUCCCCGUGGGCUGGUGUCAACUGACCAGCCACAGUCUGCAACCUCCCGGCAACUGCUUCACCGUUCCUAAACCAGGUCCCACACCUUCCUCCUCCUCCUCCUCUUCCUCUAACCCUAAACCGCCCCGGCGCUCCAUGCCGUCUCCUUAUCGCCUGCCGACUCCUCUUCCUCAACUCCCUGUGAGGAAGGGCAUUAGGGGACGGCGGCCGAAAAGCGAGACCAUCGCUCUGCUGAAAGCCCUAGCCGCGUCCACCGCGUCCCAAGACACAGAAGACCAAGGAGAAGCCACGCCCCAAGCCACGCCCAUUUCCCAGCAUCCCCUGCGUCCAUACAAGAAAAGGGGGCCUAAACCGGGCAGCAAGAGGAAGUCCAGACUCCUCCAGAGCACCAUGUCUAUAGCAGCCAGCUCAGACUCCAGGGUGCCCAUGACUCAGAUGCCCAGCGAUGGACUCUCUCCUCUGGGAUCCCCCUCAUCUGUGGUGUCUACUGUUUGUGUGUAUGUGAAUAAACACGGAGACCCAGGGCCACACCUGGACCGUAAACUGUUAUUGCAGCUGCCUGAUCAUUUCGGGCCGGGUCCCGUGAACACGGUCCUCCAGCAUGCGGUCCAAGCCUGCGUGGACUGUGCGUUUCAGCCCAAAGCUCUGUUCAGCUUCCUGCAGUCUCAGUCUGAUGGCGGGGAAAUCAUCAGAGUUCGCUCAGAAGGAGGAAUCCACUACGUCAAGCUCCCCACUGCCUCCAGUGCAUCGUUCGUUCUCCGCUUUCUAGAAACUCUUUGUCACCACCUGCAUUGUGAUAACCUGUUCAGCAGCCAGCCAUUCAGUCCACUAACAGCUAACACACACAAGCCGUAUGAAAGGAGUAAAUCAGUGAAAGAGGAGACUUCAGAAGCUUUGUCCGUAGCACGAGGUACAAGACGUUUCAACAGAGAUUCAGCGGCCUACACCGCUGCCCUGUCACCAAAGCUACAGAGAACAGAAGCUCUGCCCUCAGAUGAAACCAUUGUCCAUGCUGAAAAUGGUGCUACUACGGACCAGCAGUUCUCAGAAGAGUCGAUAGACUCUGCCUCCAAUUCUGUUGCCCCCCGACCCCCCGCACUACGGAGCACAUCUGAGUAUCACACCCCGGCCGGGAGCAGCCCACAUUACCCCUCUCACCCCCCGCCCCUCCGCAGACUCUCCUCCAACCCCUCCGAGCUGGGACCUGCACGCACACACAGACGAGUGGAAGCUGCUAGCUCAACCACUGGGCCUGAUCAUCAAGCAGCAGAGAAGGAUACGACCAAAACAUCUAGUAAAGUUCCAUCAUCCUGGAGUAUAGAGGAAGUGAUGCAAUUUGUGCGUGAUGCUGAUCCACAAGCACUGGGCCCACAUGCAGAGCUCUUCAGGAAACAUGAGAUCGAUGGCAAGGCCCUGAUGCUUUUACGGAGUGACAUGAUCAUGAAGUACAUGGGGCUUAAACUGGGUCCUGCUCUUAAACUUUGCCAUCACAUUGAGAGACUCAAACAGGUGAAAUAGCAGCUUGAUCCACCAGAGGGCAACAGAGAAAAACACAGGUUCUCUGCAUUUCAGAGUACACAGAUACAUGGAUAUUAACUGUGAAAUCGUCAGAGGUCCAACAUGUUGACCUGUUUCAGCUGUACUCAUUCCUGCUGGCUCAGUGGGUAAGGAAAAAACUGACCAGCUGAAUAUUUUUGUUUUUUGUAGCAAAAACGAAUGCAAAAUCAUUAGCAGAUUGACUUUUCAAAACUACCUAACUUUGCAUGGACAUUGUGUACAAUCAUUCUGUACAAGAAUGUUCCCUCGCAUUUAGAAGAAAAAAAAAAAACUCAGUGUAAAACUGCAGCUACAGACCUCAGUACCUCAGCGAUACGAUACUCUGCGUUUACAGACAAUGGUAGAGAAAGCUGAAUCCCAAAGGAUUUCAAUGUGUUGUUUAUGUAUUGUUUCUGGUGUUGUCUACAUGCACAGACAGCUUGACAGAUGUUCACCUUUCCACUGUUUUUGAAAUACACUUUGUACAUUGACAGACUAUGACGGGUUUUGGUGCCAGUUAAUCAAAAUUCACCAUUUGACAUAGUGUUUGUUUAAUUUUGAGUAAUUUUCAGUUUAAUCAGCUGUUCCUGUCGCAUGAAUGGGAUAACACAAUCAUAUUUCAUAAUGUUCUGCUGUUUUGUAAAAUAACAGGAAAAAAAAAAAACAAAUGUGAUAUUUAAGUCAUAAACCAAAAAUUGUGUUAUGGCCUAUAAAAGGCAUCAAUUUUAAAAGCACAAAAUUUCACUUCUGACUCUUCAUCAAACUUCAUUACUGUUGCUGUUUAACUCAAGAUAAUUACUCAGGACAUUUGUAAAAUACAUUUUCAUUUAUUCAUAUUUUGUUGCAACAUAAUGUCUUUUCCUUCUAAAAACUGAGUAUAUUAAUGUCCACACCAGCACUUCAGGUGACACACAUGAAGCAGACAUAAAGUCACACGGUCCUGAAAUUCAGAGGUUUAUCUGCAUGCUGAAUGAUGUACAGAGCAUGCAGUAAUCCCAGAUAUGUAUGUGGUUCUUUUUAUUUGUGUAUCAUAUAAAUGUGUAUUUAGUUCAGUGUUCUGUCCUUCGGUGCAUUUUUUUUUAUUAUUUAAUGGGUAGAAACUUUUUUGAGUGCAUUGUGUCUGUUUAUAUCAUUGAUAAUAGAUUUUGUGACUUGGGGGAUGGAGCUUUUUGUUAUGAUACACAUUUAUAUACAUACGUUUUAGCUCCUUUUAGAUACACUGUAUUUACUUUGCUCUUAUACUCAGGUUAAAAUAUUUUGUAUUUACUUAUUUGAACACUUUUCUACCGUUUGAAUAAAUAAUUGCAUUUAUGAAGUUGUCAUUUUCACCAUAUUUUCGGUGCAUUACCUCAUUAAAUAUGCUUUUCUUAAAAAACUUGACCAUUUCAUUUGGGUUUAGGUGUGUGUGUGUGUGUGUGUGUAUUUUGCCAAAAAUAUUCGCUCACCCAUUCAAAUAAUCGGAGUCCAUGAUCCAAUGGCCACAGGUGUAUUAAAUCAAGCACCUAGGCAUGCAGACUGUUUUUACAAACAUUUGUGAAAGAAUAGGUUGCUCUCAGGAGCUCUGUGAAUUACAGCGUGAAACUGUGAUAGAAUGCCAGCUGUGCAACAAAUCCAGUCGUGAAAUUUCCUCGCUCCUAAAUAUUUCACAGUCAACUGUCAGCUGUAUUAAAAGAACAUGGAAUGUUUGGGAACAACAGCAACUCAGCCACAAACUGGUAGGCCAUGUAAACUGACGGAGCGGGAUCCUGGGAUGAUGAGGCGCAUAGUGCGAAGGGGUCGCCAACUUUCUGCAGAGUCAAUUGUUACAGACCUCCAAACUUCAUGUGACCUUCAGAUUAGCCCAAGAACAGUGCGUAGAGAGCUUCAUCCAAGCCAUACAUCACAAGGUGCCAUGCAAAGCGUCGGAUGCACCACUUUUGGUAAUAUAGUGUAUUUAAUUCCAUGGUCUUGAAUUGGUAUUAAUAACUUCCUUGCCUAAAAAUAAAAUAAAAUGAAUCUGCAAUCACAAAAAGUAUUACAUAUAGCAUAUGCUAUUUUCAGGGCAGAAAAUAAGCCUGGUGCUGUUUUCUCUUAAUGGAGGAGGGUCUACGCAUGCUUUGUGACCUAUCCCUUUUGAAAUAUACAUUUUUUGUUAUUUAAGUUGUGUCUCUGUGGUUCACUACAAGUGGACAGUCUCCUAGAGCUGUCCUGUGGCACAGUAUGCUGGACCCUGUCUGGUUUCAUGGGCGAGUUUGCAGUCCCAUGAGAAGCCUCUUCGUUUGUCACGUAAAGAGACAGGAGUGUUCUCUGUGGGCGACACAAUGGCUUUGACUGUUUGAGUUGGGCACACAAUCCUGCCAUUGUAGUCCUCAUACUUUGAACUUGUGAUGUUUCCAUUGCCUUCUUAUGUUGACCAUGUGUUUCGUCCAUACUGAAGUCUACUAUUUGAGCGUACCAUAGACAGAUCUAGUGCUGCAUUUGGUGAAGCAGAUAAAACAUUUUCCCGGUUAGUUUGGGUUGACUUCAGUGAGAGGUCAAGCACCUCGUCCUGAGAGACUGAUGCUGUAUGUAAAAAUACAGGGCAGGCUGUGCUUCUGGUAACACAAGAGAUGGUAGGUGAAGUCAUUGUGCUUUUUUCUGCCAUAGAACCAGUUUUGGAGGUUUUUAUCAAUGUUUUUGAGUCGAAACUCUGAGGCAUUUGGAUAGGGAUUGGAAUUGGUAAUGGCACUGGCAAUGGGACCACAAAUGGAUAAGGGACCAACAAGGUUGCAGGUGGGAUCAGUGAGUUUAUUGGUGUGCCAGUGGGAGGGACAAUUUCAUGCGGCAAGAAGUUUGAAGGUAAAGACGUUGGUUGGUCAGGGCCGGUCAUUUGAUACUCUGCUGGGGCGCAACUGCUCAGAAAUGGCCUUAGGUUUUGCAAAAAUGUGGCAGUUCUAUGGCUUUGAAACACUGGUGCAUCUGUGUGGUAAACCAAAGCUUCUGGUUGGCUCAAAAACAGGUUUUCAAGUAAAGCAUUUAUCUGAAUAUUGGAAAAUGCACAGGAGCGUAAAGAAGGUGGAAGAUGGGAGUUGAAAUGCUCAUCCGGUACCAGUGGCAUGGAGACGUUGCUUGAAGCAGGCAAGAACAAAGGAGACAGCCCCGUCUCAUCAACUUGAUUUGUCAAACCGCCAGAUAACUGGAGAUUAAUAGGAAGUACAACAGGCCUAUUUUCAAGAAAGACUAAGUGCAGCAAAGAUGUGUCCACGUUGAGAGCCAGAUUGACUGAGUGUUCAUUAGACGAAUUAAACUCAGGUGAAUUUUUUCCAGUUUGUUCUUUGGAAUUGAUAUUAGACGAGCUUGAUCCACUGCCAUUUGGUAUUUCUGUAUUGGUCUGAUGUUUUGGUACCUCUUUUGUUUGGCCUUCCAUUGCAGACUCUUUAGAUCUUAAGGUCCCACUCAAAAAGACGCCAAACUUCAAAACAGUC